AUCCACAAAGAAGAGACGGUCUUUGCUGGACCUUUGCCGUGUACUUGUGUGUACUUACGGUUUUUGCGUUGCUGCUUACAUACACAAGUUGCGCGUACUCAAUCAUUCGUUCGGUAACGCUCGCAUCGUGUGCACACACAUAUUGCUCGCUGGCUGCUUCGCGUACUCUUUCCUGUCAGUGGGCGCACUUGAAGCAACUUCAGCUUUUAGUUAGCAUAGUCAGUUGCACAGCGUGAGUGAUCAAGGGUGGAAGUACAUUGCAUAGACUGCCUUGUUUUUUCUCCUGUUCGGUGGCGCAUUUGACAGAAGCAACACAGCAACAAACACAUCACCGAACAGACAGAUCAAUCCAUCGUUCAUCGAAGCAGGCCAGAGGUUGUUUAGAACCGAACUUUUGAACCGUCGUCAGUGAUAAAAGUGACAGAAGAGAAGAAAAAAAGCAAAACUGUUAGUUGGUGCAUUUCGGUUUUUUUCUUUUGUGUGUGGCGAUCGAGUAAAAGAAAAAGAAAAGAUUCUAUUCCGCUGAAGGUGAAGUUCCCAGUGCAUGUUCUGAUUCCCAGGAAGAAAAAACCCACAGUGAUCCACAGCAAGCAAGCAAGCCGUUCUCCUUCUAUUGAGUUGUCGAUUCCGUCCUUUGUUUGGAAUAUAUUUGACACCAACCACCUCGCGGGUAACUGCAGCCCCAUUCAAGGCAGAGUGCAGCAGGAAAAUGGAUUUCCGACGAAAGCUUAAAUGAUCUCAAACCAAAUAAAAAAAACUAGCAACCAAGUCUAGCAGGAAAACUACUACCUCUGAAAUACUGAAGAAGAAAAAUAAACCAAGUGAAACAAAAGAAAAAAAAAACACACACAAAAAGAGUUACAAGCAUAAGAAAAGCCCACCUCACAGAAUCCCAAUUCGACUGCCCUCCCGUAUUCCGGAAGGAUUUCUCGAUGUCUUGAAUGACGACAGCAACUGUCGCAAUCCAGCAGAGUGAGAAUCAGAGACGAUUUCCGGUCAUCCCGGCGCCCUGGAUCCCCAGCGAACCUUUCGUGAACAGCAGCAACAGCAGCAGCAGUACACGGGCAAGGAUGAAUGAAACACAGCAGAUGCAUACGACGGACACCGCCAGCCAGCCGAACAGCGUCAGCAACCUGAGCAUACACAACAACAACAACAACAACAACAACAACAACAGCAGUAGUGCCAGCAAAAACCGAAGUGGCAAUAGUAACGAUGCCAAAAUGGACCAUCACCUUCAACUAUUGCAGAGGGAACGGGAACGCGAACGUGAGCAUCACCAUCACCAGCAGCAUCAGCAGCAGCACCAGCAACAACAACAACAACAGCAGCAGCACCAGCAACAACAGAGAGAACAUCAACAGUCGUCGUCUCAAAGCCAGACUCAGCUGCAUCGGCCACUAUCGCCGACACCCUCGGAGCAGCAGUAUGCACUCAAAUGGAAUGACUUCCAGUCGUCCAUCCUCUCGUCCUUUCGGCAUCUGCGUGACGAGGAGGACUUUGUCGAUGUGACGAUUGCCUGCGAGCAACGCUCGUUCACCGCACACAAGGUUGUUCUGAGCGCGUGUAGUCCCUACUUCCGCAAGCUGCUGAAGGCGAAUCCCUGCGAGCACCCGAUUGUUAUCCUGCGCGACGUUCGCUCGGAGGACAUCGAAAGUCUGCUGAGAUUUAUGUACAACGGCGAGGUGCACAUCGGACAGGAUCAAUUAAGCGAUUUCCUCAAAACGGCACAAUUGCUCCAAGUGCGGGGGCUGGCAGAUGUGACGAAUCCCGGCCGAACGUCCAACAACUCCUCGGCGCUGCUAAAUUCCUCCUCGUUAUCGACACCUGCUGUUCAGGAGCUGAAAGCAUCCCCCACUUCAACAUCGUUACCAUGGGAACUGCCGGAUGACAGUCAACCAGCACCACCACCCCAGAAGCGUACCAAAAGUUCGGAACUGUACCGCAAACAGCACGGUCUCAGUGUGGAUGAUCCGAUUCCGGUGGAUCUGCUACCGGUCGGACAGCACGCACUAACACGCGAACGGGACCGUUCCAAGGACAAGAGCAAGGACUUGCGAGAUUUCGACCAUCGUGAUCGGGAUCGUAGCUUGGAACUGCGGGAAUCCCUACUCGGUCAAGCUCUGGAAGGUGGACCUACGCUAUCCGUGCCAUCGAAGCAUCCCGAUCUACUGUCACUGCAAGCGGUUGCCAGCGGAGAAGAUUCCAACAGUAGUGAUACGGCUGCCUCCGACCACGGUGAUGACAUCGAAGGUAUGAACGGCAAUGUCGAACACACGAGACCCUCGUUCCCGUUUCUGGGUCUGCAAGGUAUCCCCGGUUUGAUACCCGGCCCAUCCGGCAUGCACGGAGACAACUUCGAUGCGCGCCAACAUUGCGAUACACUGAUAAAGGAGGAAGCAAACGACGACGACGACGACGAUGACGACGACGACGGCGAUGAUGGCGAGAUGGAACAGCAACAACGACAGCAACAGCAACAACAACAGCAGCAACAACAACAACAGCAACAACAACAACAACAGCAGCAGCAUCUACGGCAUCGGAAGCAGCUUCUUCGUCAACAGAAACAGCAACAGCGGAGUUGUUUAAGUGCCUCAGUUGACGGUGAAAGCGUAGGAAUGAGAGAGCCGGAUGAUAACAACGAUAGUCGCUAUCUGGACGAUGAGGAAGAUGACGAGGAUGAAGACGGGAUCGACGAUGACGAGAUGAAGGAGGAUGUUAUGUCGAUCGAUAGCGACUAUCACAAGCAAUUGGCGGCGGCUGGUGUGCUGGCUGCUGCUGCUGCCGCUGCCAGUGGCAACGGUGGUAAUCAUCCACUGGGAGACGGAAGCGAGCCAAAUGAUUUUUUCGGUGCCCACAAGUCCGGCUCUCGUGAUCUGGCGCUCAAGCAACACAUACUGAACGAAAAAGCUCGCCUGCAGGCUCACCUGCAACGGCACCAGCAACAGCUGGCCGGUUUUCUACUGUCAACGACUGCAGCGGCCGCAACGACGCCACCGACGUCCACUCCUCAAAACUGUAUAAAUCAAUCCGCCAAUUCGACAACCUCGCCGUUUGCCUCGAGUACCGGUAGCCUAUCGAGCAGAAUCGGUUCUAGCAACACUGUAAAUAACGCUAACGCUGUCAACAGCAGCUUCUCGCACGACAUUAAACCCCCGAAGCAACCGCAAACAUCGGGCGAUCGUAGCAACCCAUUUGCGUACAAUAACAACAGUAACACCGGUCAGGUUUACCUGUUGCCAUGCCCACUGUGCGAAGUUCCCCUAGAACCACGUGUCUUUCGACAGCAUCUCGAUCGUCACUAUCCACGUGACAGUCCGGUCUGUCCAGUCAUCCAGUGUGGCCGUCGCUUUGCUCAUCCGAACUCGGUUCGGAACCACAUGCGCCUGAAACACACCAGCCAGUGGGCCAAGAUGAAAGCCAUGCGCUCGUCCGGUGGCCCUUUCACCGGGAUUCCUUGAGCCGGCGAUGUUACGCCGUUGCUAUCCCAACAGAGUUCCGGCGUCGACGGCAGCGUUGGUGGCAACACUACCGAUAGCAGCAGCACCAAUACAAACAGUGGAGUUAGCUAAUUGCAACACAAACAAAUUGAUACGAAACUGAAACAUUCCUUACAGUUACAGUGACUGGUGACACGUGUGUUGUCACCUGCGUGUCCGUAGGUCUCUCCACUAUUUUAAUUACAAUUAUUAUUAUUAUUAUUUCAUUUUGCCGGUGGUCCAUCGAUCCUGACCGGUCAUACACUAAAGUUCCUAACCUAUUCGAAAGAAAGUGUAAAAAAAAAACAAACAGCGUAAGCGAGUAGGUGUAAGCAAGGGAUGCCAGUAAAACGGGGUGGAUGGAACAAAAAAAAAACUAGUUACGCCAAAGGGAGACGACAACAGGGAAAUUAUGAAAUUUACAAGUGGCAAGAAUCAAUUUUACGGAAAAACGUAAUUUGUUGAAUGACUGAAUUUUUUCAAGAAUCACUUAAAUCAGAGUCAAAUAUACACAAUAGGGUGCCGAUAUUUUGGGGUCAUCUCCGAUUUCGUAAAACAUGAUAGUGCUCGAAAUUUAAGUACCCCAAAAAAAAGUCCUCAGGCAAAAUUUGAGCUCAAUCGGAUAUGGGAAAUUUUAAAAUAAAAAUUUGUUGAUGCCAAAUGUAUUAAAAAUGCUUAAAACGUCCAGAUCUGGUGUUAUCUACACUCUAAAAAAAAUUGAAUUUUACAGGUGACUUAAUCCCUAAUACGAUGUAAUUCAUAAAGACCUAAUUUGUCAAAUGACGGAAAAUUUUAUUUGUAAUGACUUAAUGUUAGAUGAGCUUGAAUUUUACUGGUUUCGACUGUAACUUGCGUUCUGCUAGCAGGUGCGUCUGUAUGGAUUUAAAUGCACCUUUUACCGGCCAAGCAGAUGCAUGCUUCUGUGGCUCAGUCGAUUAUCAGACGAACUUGCGAUCCAAUGAUUCUCGGUUCAAGUCGCGGUGGGUUGUUACAAAAUUCUUUUUUUUUUAUUGCAAUGAAUUUCAUGUCAUGGAGUUUUAGAGACAAUGUUUAAGUGUGUACACACUUAAAAAAAUCCCUGUGAUUUUACAUCUUAUUAGAUGCAACUAAAUGGAGUGUCGCAGUUCACGCAAAUUUACAUGGAAGAACAUUUAAUAUUGUGUCUAAAACUCCAUAACAUGAAAUUCGUUGAAAUAAAAAAAAGUAUACUGAUAGCAACCGCCGUGCGACUUGAACCGAGAAUCAUUGGAUCCGCGUGUACGUCUGCUAGUCGACUGAGCCACAGAAGCAUACAUCUGCUUGGCUGGUAAAAGGUGCAUUUAAAUUCAUACAGUCGCGUCUGCUAGCAUAAUGCAAGUUACAGUCGAAACCAGUAAAAUUCAAGCUAAUUUAACAUUAAGUCGAAACAAAUGAAAUUCUCCGUCAUUUGACGAAUUACGUCUUUAUUAAUUACAUCGUAUGACGGAUUAUGUCACCUGUAUAAUUCAAAUUUUUUUGGAGUGUAGAAAAAGAAAUUUGAAAAAUUCGAUUAUUUCUGAAGAUUCUCUGGGACGAAAUUUGUUCUAUGCCAAAUGUCUUAAAAUUGCAUGAAACGUCGAGCUGUGGUGUUAUCUCAAAGUUUCAUGCAAUUUGAAGCCAUUUGGUUUCAAAAAUAAAUUUUCGAUUUCGAAACUCUGAGAAUUGGAAAGUCCCAGAGUUUCAGAAAUCUCAAAAUUGUUCCAAAUCCCAGAGUCGAUAUUCUCAAAAAAAAAAAUUUGGGAUGACAUUAGAUCUCGACAUUUCAUGCAGUUCAAAGACAUUAAGCAUAAAAAAAUUGGCUUCGGAAAACUGAAAAUUUCUCCAUGUCUUAGUGAUUUUUUUUCCAAAAAAAUGUUUUUUGAGAUUACACUGGUUCUCAACGUUUCAUGCAAUUCAAAGACAUUUGGCAUUAGGGAAAAAAUCGAUUUCGGAAAUCUCAAAUUUUUUCCAAUUCUCCGAGACGAAAUUAGGGGAUGACAUUAGAUUUCGACGUUUUAUGCAAUUCUAAGAUAUUCGGCAUCAGAAAAAAAUCUCACUAAUUUCCCAGUCCCAGAGUCGAUUUAAAAACAAAAUAAUUUCGAGAUGACACCGAAUCUCGACGUUUCAUGCAAUUCAGAGACAUUUGGUAUUAGGAAAAGAAAAAUUCGAUUUCUUUAAAAAAAAAACAAUUGUUCAAGAUGUUACUAUAUCUCGACGUUUCGUAAAAAUUCUAAGGCAUUUGUCGUCAACAAAAUUUUUUGAAUUCGGAAAACUCAAAAUUCUGCCAAAUCCCAGAGUCGAUUUCGGAAAUUUCCCAUAUCCGAUUUAGCUCAAAUUUUGCAUAAGAAACUUUUUUUGAGGUGCCUAAACUUUAAGCUUUAAGAAAUUCGAGAUGAUCCCGAAAUAUUGUGCAUAUUUGACUCAGAUUUAGGUGAUUCUUGUAAAACUUCAAGAAAGCAUGACACAGAAUCUUGUAUUGAAUCAACUGUAAAAAUCGGCCUCAGAAGACGUAAAUUUACACUAUUUUUCCUAUUUGUGUAGACUAAUAUUUCAAUGCUUCUCCAUUUAAACUCUAAACAAUUUGUGGUCUGUCAAUUGCCAGCGAGGAUUUGUCUAAAAUCUUGAACCCGUGGGCAAUUUGUAAAAUAGAAUUGAUUUACUCUUCAUGGAAUGGAGAAAUUUCCUAAAUUUCAGUACUUUCCACCGAUAUUCGGUGAUCUGUUUAGUAAGGAUUCAAGUAGUUUUUGUAAGUUUUUUUAUUUUGGCCACUUCAUAUAUUUUGGCCCACCUAACAAACUUUAUGGAUUUAACCGAUGUUAAGGGGUUUUCAAAGAUAUUACAACAUUUGGUGGAUAUUUUCACAAAGUGGGCCAAAAUAAAAUUAAUCCUAAAGUGCGCAAAAAUACCUCUGUUACCCUAUUCAAUAGUUGAGUUUUUUCACUGAUUCAAUUUCAGAUUGAAUGCGGUUUCAUUUAUUGUAACUUAUUGAACUGAACUCGCGUUGUUGGGUUGGGUGACUUUGCUCUUUGUUUUAUGACAGCAUUAAAAGAAGCGAAUGAUGAUCAACUCAAAAUAAAAUAAAAAGUAUUCAUUUAAUAUGUAAGGGAAAGUUGGGAAUUUGGAACCACACUUUCAUGCUGAACGAUGGCUCAUCCGAAAAUUGAUCUUUUUUUCAAAAUUUUGCAGAAAUAAAGGUUAAAUUAGAAGCAAAAUGCCGCGUUUUAGGAUUUGUCGAAUUUGAAAAUUCAGAUUUAUUGCGAAGUUUAUAAAAAAUAUUCAAUUUUGACAUUUUGAAAAAUCGUGUCAAAUUUGACAGCACUUUGUAAAUUGAUAUUAUUUUAACGAAUCUGUAUAAAAUGUAACAAUGAGACUACCUUCUCUUUCGAUUAUUACGGUACUCUUAGCAAUCCUUCUCUCCAAUUAUUUACCGAUAAUAAUAACUAAAGCUAUUAUCUUUUAAUCUACACUGAAAAAAUUGUCGGAAAAAGCAGAAAUAUUUCGCAAUAAUCGAAAAAGAAUCUCUCAUUGUUACAUUCGAGGUUUUGAACAUUUUAAACAGAAAUAUUAUGUCAAACAUUCAUUCAUGACUACAUAAUGAAAAGUACAUAAGGAAUUUAAGGGCUGAGGCCAGUAUUUCGCGUAUAAGCUUUGAGCCGAUCACGUGUGCGCUCUGCGCAUUUCAUUCCUCUCCAUUCUCUCUCGUAUAUGUGCAAAGUGACUCUCGAUGGGCCGGGUGGCCAAGAAAGUUUUGAUAUUUUCGGUUACAAGUUUGACUACAUCACAUAAAAUCCAUUUUAUCCGAUUUUAUUUCUCUCGAGAUAUUUAAAGAACAAGUUGAAAGUUGCCAUUUUCAGCUAUGCAAUUUUUUCCUCAGAAAAAAGACUUUCCCGACCGCUAAAGUAAAUGAAUCAUUCUGAAAUUUUUACAGAAUAAUCUAAACUAAUUUUCUUACAGUUUGUCAGUUGGGUUUUUUUUAUAUUUCAAAGUUAUCAUUAUUACCUUAAUAUACUCAAUUUUGCCAUUUUCAAAAAAAAAUUUCCUAUCGCAUAUUCGUUGCGAGAAGAGCUAAUAAAUUCAGUACUAGAACAAUGUUUGCUACUUGGGUAGUAUUUCAAAAUGCCUGACAAUUUUCACAGUUCAAAAUGCCUGAAUCUUGUAUUAAAUCUACUGUAAAAAUCGGUCAGAAGACGUAAAUUUAAACUAUUUUUCCUAAUUGUGUGGGCUAAUAUUUCAAUGCUUCUCCAUUCCAACCAAUUUGUCAACGUUUUUAUCUUCACUGAAUAGAGAAACUGCCUAAUUUUCAGUAUUUCCCACCAAAAUUUGGGGUUCCGUACAUUCAAUUGUUGAGUAAAACUGACUCAAUUUUUUUGUUUCAAUUAUAGAGGUUUUAACCUCAAGGUCAUUCGCCUCUUCGGGCCAGAAAAACUUUCUGACCUUAUGUGCGGGGUUCAGAAUCGAACACAGAUGAGCUGCAUAGUGACUCAACUUCAGAUUAAAUGCGACUUAGUUCAUUUUAACUUAUAGAACUGAACUUGCUUUAUUGUGUGACUUUGAUUUUUUGUUUUAUGACAACUAUAAAAAAGAGCGAAAAGAUUCAAAACAACUCAAAAUGAAGUGAAAAGUAUUCAUUUAAUAUGUAGGGGAAAGUGGGGAAUUUCGAACCAAACAUUCAUGUUGAAUGAUGUCUAUCCUGAAAAUUGCAAAUUUUUUUUUCAAAUUUUGAAGAAAUAAACGUUAAAAAAGAAGCAAAAUGUCACGUUUUAGGAUAUGUCGAAUUUGACAAUUCAAAUUUAUUACGAAGUUAUAAAAAUUAUAAAAAAUAUACAAUUUUGUAGUUUUUAAAAAUCAUGGAAAAUUUCGUAUCCUUUUAGCGGUUUGAGACAAUUUGAACGAUGUCAAACGUUCACUCAUGACUAGAACAUAAGAUUUAAAAAAAUAUAUAGAUAAAUAUACGCGACGAAAAUGGCGAAAACUUUGCAAAAUAUUUUUAAAGCACAAGAACUACAUUGAGAAGCCUAAAAACACGCGACGGUUCGACAUUUUCCACUAGCUAUGUUCUACAAAGUAGCUGUCCAUGAGUCAGAGGGUGAUUUUUUAAGAGCUAUAGGAUUUGAUUUAAAAAAACCACAAAAAUUUUGAUAGAAUUGACGAAAUUUUUAUUGGAAUCGACAGAACAAUCAAUAUAAUUUAAUGUUUGAAGAUGAUUUCAUGCAAAUGUUGGCCGCGGCUCCGCUUUAGAAGGCCCAUGCGCAAGGUCUAAUUAUGGCACACUCUCUUUCCAACUUUCGGCCGGCAUUUCACGAAUUAUGCCACCGGCCCAUAAUCCACACCAAACAGUGACUUUUUUGGGAUGCAUUGUUGGCUGGGCUUUACUCCAGAUGCGUCAUUUUGCUUGUUCACGUAUCCAUUCAACCAGAAAUGUGCUUCGUCGCUGAACAUAAUUUUUCGAUAAAAAAGUGGAUCUACCUCCAACUUUGCCGUUUGAUUAAAUUAUAGACCAAACUGAACAAGUUUGACAAUGACACAAGACACGAUUCACGCGUGAUCUGUCAAAAACAAUGUUACCUGAAGGAUACCAUCAAAAAAUCACCCUUUAAAUGUCACACAAACAAUUUUCUUAAAGUAUCAAAAAUAAUCAUACACAAUGAUUUGAUGAAGCUGAAAUAUUACGCUGCCAGCAUUUUCUUAUAGAUCGAUGUCGGAUAAUGUCUGAUAUGACUAAUGAUUCAAAAUUCCCUAUUUCUUCUUCCCCAGUCAUUUAAUAUGUUGGGGAAAGAGGGGUACUUUCGAACCACAGUUUCAUACUGAAUGUUUACUCAGCAUAAGGUUUAACUAGAAGCAGAAUGCCACUUUUUAGGAUUCGAAUUGGUUUCAAAGUUAUGAGUAAUACAAAAAUAUACUCAAUUUUGUCAUUUUUAAAAGAUCGUGGGAAUUUCAAAGCCACUUUCAGACAGUUUGAACGAAUAUUGAUGUAAAACGUUCACUCAUGACUUCGUAAUAAAAAAAAAGAUUUUAAUAAAAAUUUAAAUAAAAAAGUCUUUAUCGGAGACGCAGUUUCCGAUUGAGACGGCAUAUUGGCGAUAAAUGACCAAACAAGAAAGAUUAACAAAGAUUGAAACAGUUAUUUUUUGCCGAUUAUUUAUUGUUAAAUCGCAUGCAAAAUAGGAUUCAGGAGAAAUACAUUGAGAAGCAUAAAAACACGUAGUUGUUCUUAAUUCCCCACAAGCCGCCCAUGAGUCAGAGAUCCCAAUAACACAGAAGCAAUAGCCUUUAAACGCAAUAGUAUAAAAAAUAUUUACCUGUUUGGUUACACACAAAUGUGUUAGAAACGAACCAUAGUUUUUAAAACACGGAAGCACUUUUUAAAAACCUCAAAAAUCACUCAACUAUCGCAAAUUACGUCUGAUUGGGUUGACUGGUAAUGCAAAAAUGAGAUAGAGCUGAAAUAAUACGAAGGCAGAAGUUUCGUUUAGAUCGAUGUCGGAUAGUGACUUUUGAGACUAAUGGUUUGAAAUUUCCUACUUGCUUCAACUUUUUGAUUUCUGUGUUAUAAAUCUUCGGAUCCGACACAAACCAGUUCUAAUGGUUAGCAGAUCUUGCUUCAUGAUAAAAAUUCUUUUUCAAACGAAACGUUGGAAUAAUUUAUCUAAAUUCGAAAUAGAAUGUAAUGAAACAAGUCAAGCCGAUAGUCAUUGAACAGAACAGCAUAACCGAAAUCACAUCACAAAUUGUGGUCGAAUUCUACCCAACACAAAUCUCUGUCAUCUAGUAAUCACUGACAGUAUUCAUGUUGAGCUUUCUAGCGAGAACCAAAGCAUUCGACCAGCGCCUACUACGAUUGAAUUGUAGCAGCUGUUUGAGCUGCUGUCUCGGAUAGCGAAAAUGUCGAUACCUGAUGCACAGUUCUUUCACAGUUGGUCAAGUAAUCGUUGCGAUUCGGAGUCCCGCAUUCAGACAGUACAGAGUACAGUAGAUCAUGGCCUACUACAAACGAAUACAAUUUUAACGGGUAGCUAGCAGUUCAAUGUGGAAUUUUAGUUUCAGAAUUUUUCGAUACGCUAAAUCUUGGUAUUAUUUCAUGAAAUAUUUUAUUGAAAUAGUAUUUCAAUACAUUAAAUUAAUAAAAGUUGCACUAAAUGGGAGUGCAAUUCACAAUUCGUAUUGCAUUUCCUAGAAGCAUAUGAGGGAUGGAAUUUAAAGUUGGAGGAAAAAAAGAAAAUUGUUGAUAUCGUAUUCACAUUAAAAGAUGCCUAUAGACUAUGCCUCCGAUCGAAGAACCGUUCUCCCACCGUAACGCAUUCCAUCCGCCCCCUGUCUACGUACUGGAUAGCAGUCACUUAGAAGAAACUUCUUUGUGUCAACUUCCUUCUCACUAUAAAAAAAAUUUGAAGAUAGAAAAAAAACAUAAACAAACGUCGCUAACGUGUAAUAUUGCACGCACGCACGCAAGUUCCGCAAAGCAGUUGUUCAAAACAAGUUGAAGUUGUGUGAUUAGUAUUCUUUUCCUUCUUAUUUCUAGUCUCGGUAUCAUUAUUAUGAUAAUAUAAUUACAAUUUAAAACAACAAGAGCACUGGCAAACACACUGCUGUUUUAAAGCUGGGGAUGUCAAAACCCCAGAACAAACCGUGCAUCGUUAUAAGUAUAGGUAGUGUAAAAGCUUUCCACUAAUUUUAAUAGGCUAUUUGAUUGUUGUUUGUAUUGGCCUGAAAAGAAAAAGAAAAAAUAAAAAUGAGCAUAACAAAUCAUUUCUCAAUCAGUAUUAUUUUGCCCUUUGUGUAAGCCGCGCGCCUGCAAGCAGCCAAAAACAAAACCAGUUAGAUUUAUUUAUUGAAGAUUUGUUUCCGAGCUAAGAUUAAUAACGAUUGAAAAGGAGGCCUCGUUGCCGUCCGGUUCCUAAAAAUGCAUUGGAGUUGUAAACAGUACGAUUCGUUUUAUUCCAUAUCUAGAUAAGUUGGCUUGCUUCUAGCGUACCAACAGCAAACACUAAGAAGUCCUAGCGAUGAUGAUUCCUGCAGUUUUUUUCUUUUUGUAGUCUAACACCGUUCAGUUUCAAUCGCUACGAAGAAACGCAGACUAAACGAAGUAGAGAAAAAAAAAAGUUGAAAUAAUUUUCUAUUUUUAGACAUUCUAAAAUGGUUCCUAUAAUGUAAUUGACUAUAUAUUGAGCAGAAGAACUAACUGUAUAUUUAUGCAAAUACACAUAUAAACAAUAUGAAAGCAAAACAAAUGCGUAGAGUUAUAUAUAAAAUAACUUUAAACAAAAAGGCAAAUAGAUAAGAUGCUGUGAGCAGUACACUAAAGAGAGAGAGUACCAACCAACAAUUAUGUAAACAAACCCAAGCAUAAAACUUGCGUUUUCCCGUUUUUGUUGUUGUUUUUUUUUUCGCCAGUUUCACAACAAGACAAACGAAACUUCCCCAUAAACUAAUUCCCGGAAAGACCGCACCUUCAGUAAAAAUUCAUGUCCACUUACUUUACUCCACCCCCAACCAGACGAUCCCGCGAUUAUUACGGUUAUAUUUUAGCCAUUGGAAACAGUUAUUAGUGGCGAAACAGUUUAUUGCUUUGCCUUCCUCGGUGGCUACAAAUCGGAGUUUUCCUACCUCGCAAAGUUGUGUCUGUAAUUUUCUGCUGAAACAAUACUGAAAACAAAACAAAAAAAAAAUAAAUCGAACGCAUGCAAACCGAUUAGACUUAGUUUAGGGUAACAUUCGGCCAGAACACUAGAAGGUGUAUAAUUAUUAUUAGAUUUCGAUUUAGUUAGCCCAGGUCCCACUUUGAUUUCAAUUUGAUAGAAACCAAACUCGCCAUAAAUAGAAACCUACAUUAAGGGCCAGAGUGAGUUCAGUUGUGGCUUUAUGCUCGUUAGUUUGACAGUUAGAAACGAUACAACGGCAAUAGACAAAAUAAAACCAAAAAAAAAAAACAAUAAAAC